GGAGAGAGCGCGUGUCCGCUGCCCAAUGACAGCGCAGGAUGCUGAGAGAGGCUGCUCGGGUUGAAUGGAGGCGACAAGAAGCCGUCUAAAGCGGCGAAGGAGAGGAAUUAACAUCGAUCAAGAUCUGGCUUUAAUGUGUUCCUUCCAUUACAACAUGAAAUAAGUCACCGAUGUGCCGUUCAGAGGGUCAGAGCAGUCUCAUUUCAGCACGCUCCUGUUAAGGACCCGCUGGUGGCUACACCGCCGAUUCACAGGACAUGUACGGCAGUGCCAGAGCUGUAGGCCAUAUAGAGAGCAGCCCCGCACGGUCCCCGCGCCUGCCAAGGUCCCCCAGACUGGGCCAUCGGAGGGCCAACAGCGGGGGCGGGGGGGGGUGCGGGGGAAAGACGCUCUCCAUGGAGAACAUCCAGUCACUCAAUGCUGCCUAUGCUACUUCCGGGCCCAUGUACCUGAGCGACCACGAGUGCGUGGGCUCCACUGCCACCUACCCAAAAGGCACUAUGACUCUGGGUCGCGCCACCAGCCGGGCCAUGUACGGGGGCCGCGUCACAGCCAUGGGAAGCAGUCCCAACAUUGCUUCAGUGGGGCUGCCCCAUGCUGACCUUCUGUCUUACAGUGACCUGGGCUCCCUGUCAAUGCUGCACCACCACCACCACCACCAGGGGGUGCCCUCUGCACUGCUGAGGCAGGCGGUGCGGGGCAGUGGGGGGGAGCUGCUGGAGAUGCAGAUCCAGUUCAGGGAUAUGCAGAGAGAGAAUGAGCUGCUGCGCCGGGAGCUUGACCUGAAGGACAGUAAACUGGGAUCGUCCACCAACAGCAUCAAGAGCUUCUGGAGUCCUGAGCUAAAGAAGGAGAGAAUAAUGAGGAAGGAAGAGGCGGCUCGCACAUCAAUCAUUAAAGAGCAGAUGAGAGUCACUCAUGAGGAGAACCAGCACCUUCAGAUGACCAUCCAGGCUCUGCAGGAUGAGCUGCGCACUCAGCGAGACCUGAACCACCUGAUGCAGCAGGAGGGCGGCAACCGCUCCGUUUCUGACCAUUUCACCACCAUCGAGCUGACGGAGGAGAACUUCCGGCGGCUGCAGGCCGAGCACGACAGGCAGGCCAAGGAGCUCUUCUUGCUGCGAAAGACCCUUGAGGAGAUGGAGCUGAGGAUCGAGACCCAGAAACAGACACUGGGUGCCCGGGACGAGUCCAUUAAGAAGCUGCUGGAGAUGCUGCAGAGUAAAGGGCUGCCCCCGGGGUCGGGCAGGGUGUCUGAGGAGGAAGAGCAGGAGAGAGCUAGGCGCAUUGCUGAGGCAGAGGCCCAGCUCGGACACUUGGAGGUCAUUCUGGAUCAAAAGGACAAGGAGAACAUCCAUCUGCGAGAGGAACUGCACAGAAGAAAUCAGCUGCACCAGGAUCCAGGCAAAACCAAGGCUCUGCAGACCAUCAUAGAGAUGAAAGACACCAAAAUUGCCUCUCUGGAGCGCAACAUUCGAGAUCUGGAGGAUGAGAUCCAAAUGCUGAAGGCGAAUGGCUUACUGAACACAGAAGACAGAGAGGAGGAAAUCAAACAAAUGGAGGUCUACAAGAAUCACUCUAAGUUUAUGAAGUCCAAGAUUGACCAGCUGAAGCAGGAGCUGUCAAAGAAGGAGUCUGAGCUGCUGGCCUUGCAGACAAAACUAGAGACCCUCAACAACCAGAACUCGGACUGCAAACAGCAUAUUGAGGUGCUCAAAGAGUCUCUCACUGCCAAGGAGCAACGUGCUGCCAUCCUGCAAACAGAGGUCGAUGCUCUACGUCUGCGUCUGGAGGAGAAAGAGUCUUUCCUGAACAAGAAAACGAAGCAGCUGCAGGACUUGACGGAGGAGAAGGGAACUCUCGCCGGAGAAAUCAGGGACAUGAAGGACAUGCUGGAGGUCAAAGAAAGGAAGAUCAAUGUCCUGCAGAAGAAGAUUGAGAAUCUGCAGGAGCAGCUGCGGGACAAAGACAAGCAGCUGGGAAACCUGAAGGACCGAGUCAAGUCUCUGCAGACCGACUCCAGUAACACAGACACUGCUCUGGCCACCCUGGAGGAGGCUCUGUCAGAGAAGGAGCGGAUUAUAGAGCGUUUAAAGGACCAAAGGGAGAGGGAAGACAGAGAACGUCUGGACGAAGUGGAUUCCUAUAAGAAGGAGAACAAGGAUCUGAAGGAGAAGGUCAACAGCCUUCAGAUAGAAAUAACAGAGAAAGAGUCCAGUCUCAUCGAUCUGAAGGAACAUGCUUCAUCCUUGGCAUCCUCUGGCCUCAAGAGGGAUUCAAAGCUCAAGUCCUUGGAGAUUGCCAUAGAGCAGAAAAAAGAGGAGUGUAGUAAGUUGGAGACGCAGUUGCAGAAGCAAGCUGAGCAGCUAUUCAGUCACAUGAACAAUCCUAAGGCCCAUGAGGUGGAUCAUCAGUCCGGCCCCAGAGGGAACCCGGAGUACGUGGACCGAGUGAAGCUGCUGGAGAAGGAGGUGAACUACUUCAAGGAUGAGGCCAACAAGUCUCAGACGGAAGUGGAGAGACUUCUGGACAUCCUGCGAGAGGUGGAGACCGAAAAGAAUGACAAGGACAAGAAGAUCAUUGAGCUAGAAAGUCUAGCACCAAGACAAGGAGGAAAAGACCUGACUAAGAAGGGUCCAAACAUCAAACUGGGACCACAAGGGGACAAGAAAGGCUUGGGACAAGACCCUCGUAAGGAUGGCUCCAUGGACAGUGGUCACCACGUAAAGUUGGAGGAGCUGAUGAACACGUUGGAAAGGACGAGGCAAGAGCUGGAUUCCACCAAGCAGCGUCUCUCCUCCACACAGCAGUCACUGCAGGAGAGGGACGGCAACCUCACCAACAUGAGACAGGAGCGCAGAAAACAGCUGGAGGAGAUACUGGAAAUGAAGCAACAAGCUCUGCUUGCAGCCAUCAGUGAGAAAGAUGCUAAUAUUGCACUGCUGGAACUGUCUGCCUCCAAUAAAAAGAAGACCCAGGACGAGGUGCUGGCCCUCAAGAGGGAGCGGGACAAACUGAUGCACCAGCUCAAGCAACACCCUCAAGGCAUGUCAGGUCUUCAAGGAGUCAAGUCUCAAACACAAAGCAGGAUGAAGCUGAUAGCCGACAACUACGAAGAUGAGCAAUAUCAUCCACACGGUCCUCACCACCCCCAGACUCAGCCCCCGCACGCUCAGUCUCAGCCACAGCCGCAGUACCCCCACGCUCCCCAUGCUCCACACACUCCGCACGCUCCCCAUGCUCCACACCCUCCGCACGCUCCCCACGCUCCCCACGCCCAGCAGACUCCUUAUCCACACGUCAUGCAUCCACAACACCCACAGCACCCGCAGACCCCCCAACAGCACCCACACCCACAGCAGCCACAGCAGCCACAACCCCAGUACCCUCACCCGCAGCAGCACCCCCAACAGCACCCCCCGCAGCAUGCUCAGCACCCCCAACCACCUCCCCAGCACCAACAGCAUCCACGCCCCCCACAGCCCCAACACCCUCACCAACAGCACCCACAGCAUCCUCCUCAGCACCCACAUGGACAUCCCCCUCUGCAGCACCCUCACCCUCAGCACCCACAUGGCCCUCCCCAACAAGGAAACCACCCCCAACAAGGAACCCACCCCCAACAAGGAACCCACCCCCAACAAGGAACCCACCCCCAACAUCCACAUCCCCAGCACCCACAGCACCCUCAACACCCUCAGCACCCGCACCACGCCCAACAUCCACGUCACCCAUCGCCCCAUCAUCGUGGUGGCCCGGCCCGAGGACCCCCACAUGCUGGUCACCGCCCUGCCCAGGACCAGGAUGACGACGAGGGCAUUUGGGCAUAAUCCUUGCUGUGACAACCAAAGCUCUAAUAUUAUUUUGAGGGAUGAUACAGUCACUACUGGAGGAGCACAGCCAUGCCAUGAUGUUGAAACACUACCCGACCAAACAUUUAUUACCUCCACUCAGUUGACACUCAGCAAUGGGACCUUUGUUUAUUUUCCGGGGAAGAGGAGGGAGGCACUCAG